CGCUCACCCGUUCAACAACAAACACAACAUCAACACUACCAUCCUCUCAACGCCCAUCAUCAAGAUGUCCCACAUCACCGCCAUCAAGAAGCAAGCUCCGGCCAACUCGCUAGUCUGGCUCGUCACCGGCUGCUCGUCCGGCUUUGGCCUCGAGUUCUAUCUCAACAUCAAAGCCCGUGGCGACUACAUCAUCGCUACCGCCCGCGACCUCUCCAAUCCCAACAUGACACAUUGUAUACAAGUUUCCCUAACGGAGGAAAAUGUAUCCGUCUACCAGCUCGACGUCACGGCAUCCCAGGAGUCCCUGAACGGGAUCAUUGCAGAAGCCAUCAAGAUUUACGGGAGGAUCGACGUGCUGGUGAACAAUGCCGGCUACGUAGCGCUGGGCGGUUGGGAAGACAUGGGCUACGACGGCUUCGUCAGGCAAUUCGAGACCAACGUGUUCGGCCUGCUCAAGGUCACCAACGCGGUCCUUCCGCACAUGCGAGAGCGCCGGAGCGGGACGCUGGUGUUUAUGGGUUCGCUUUCGGGAUGGCAGGGAAAUGAGUUCUGUGGAGCGUAUGCGGGGUCCAAGUUUGCUGUUGAGGGAAUGGUGGAAGCACUCCAAAAAGAGGUGGAACAGUUCGGUAUCCGCACCCUUCUCUUCGAGCCAGGACGGUUUCGAGCCAACUUGCUGUCACCUUCUCCUGUGGUCGCCCACGUGUCCAAGAUUGACGAUUACAAGGAAGCGUGGGAAAUGACCCUGCGCUCCUAUGCCGAUGUGGACUCUAAGCGGAGGGGUGACCCGGCAAAGGCUGUCGAGAUCAUCAUGGAUGUCGUCCGUGAGGAGACCUUCUAUCGAUAUAUUGAGGAGGGGGAUGUACCGUAUGCUUUCACAAACGCGAAGUAUGGGCCUAUGAAGCUCAGAUUGCCGUUGGGACAGGAUGCCUUUGAUACCAUCAAAACAAAGUGCGACCUUACUUUGAAGGUUUUGGAUGUGUGGGAACGUCUCAUCACGAGUACCGAUCAUAAUGAUGUUAGGCAUAGUGAUAUUGAGGUGAGCAGCGAGGAAAGUUCUACCUGAGAUUGUUUUCCGAAGUCGGCUUUUCCGUCUCCCGUCGGCGGAAUUCAGAUGGCGCGAUGAUUGUACUGUGAAUAGUUCUUGUUGGGCGUCCCAACUCCGAAACAUAGCUAUGUAUGGCUGUUGUAUCUGUACGUUAGAUCCAGAUUAGCACACUGAAAGAUAGCCAGGGACUCAAAUGAAGAAGAAUUCGAUUGUCUCAACAGGCAAGAUUCUGGUUUGGGUUGCCAACAGCUGCUGAAUGAGACCGAUGUCCAGAACCAGCGAGUAAUUUUUUUC